AUGCCCCAAUACAUUACAACCCACAACUCCUCCGGCCAGGCUAUCUUCUCCACUACCGUCCCAGAAGAACCCCACCGCAUCUCCAUGCGCCCAAACGACCCCUCCGACCCCUCCGACCUCACAAUCCUCUACACCUCGCACGCCUUCAAAGCCGACCUCUCCGGUGAGUCCGACAUCCAGCAAUACAGCCACGACCGCACCAACGGCCUCCCACCAGGCCAGAUCUGUCCCACGAACGGCUGGGGUGUCAACAUCGUGACGCUGGGACCCGGCAAGAGUCCGAACCACCGCACGAUGACGCUGGAUGUGGUGUAUAUUUUGGAGGGCGAGAUUGAGCUCACGUUGGAUAGUGGGGAGCAGAGGAUUGUGAGGAAGGGGGAUUCGAUUGUGCAGAGGGGCACGAUGCAUCAGUGGAGGAAUGUUACGCCUGAUAAUGGGGUGGCGAGGUUGCUUGGGGUUGCGGUGGCGAGUGAGGAGCCUGUGAAGGUUGGGGAAAAGGAGUUGGGGACGGAGUGGCAUUUUGAGUGA